AUGGCUGCCUUCCUCCGAGCUGUGGCGCCGUCUCCAGGGCCAGCCGCCUGCGGCAGGCGGCUCCACCGGCUGUGCUGCUGCGGUGGGCAGGAUCCCAGGAGGUGGGUGGGAAGCGGGCCGCCCCGCUCCAGGGAGAAGCCACCGGGCCCAGAGACGGAGAAGUUUCAGAUGGUGUACCGCUUCGACGCCAUCAAGGCCUUCGGGUACCUGUCUCGGCUGAAGGUGGCACAGACGGCCCUGACGGUGGCCGCCCUGCCGCCGGGCCUCUACUGCUACUCCCAGGGCCUCAUGCCCUUCAGCUCCUUGUGCCUGGCGGGCGGCGUCGCCGGCUUCGCCCUGGCCAUGUUGUGCUGGAUGAGCCGUUUCUUCCGGAGGCUGGUGGGCAUCCUGUACGUGAACGAGGCGGGCACCGUGCUGCGGGUGGCCCACCUGACCUUCUGGGGCCGGCGACAGGACACCUACUGCCCUGUGGCUGCCGUGAUCCCCAUGACGGAGAGCCCGGAUUGGCCCCAGGAGCUGUUCGUGCGGAUCCAGCAGUACAGCGGGAAACAGACCUUCUACCUCACCCUGCACUACGGGCGCGUCCUGGACCAAGAGCGGUUCACGCAGGUGUUCAGGAUGCUGCACACGCUCAAGUGA